UUAACCGUUCGGCCGGGCGUAAGAAGGGAGUUUUCUCGAGUAUUUUUUCGCGAUCGGGAGGGUUUACGAGAUUCGUAAAAAAAUGGAGAGGAGCGUUUACUGUGACUACAGGAGUCCCCUAAGCACGAGAUACGCCUCGAAGGAGAUGCGCUACAAUUUUGGGGAGCAGAAAAAGUUCACCACGUGGCGCCGGCUCUGGGUCUACCUUGCCAAGGCCGAGAUGGAACUGGGGUUGAACAUCACCCCGGAGCAGAUCCAGGAAAUGGAGUCCCACCUGGAGGACAUCGACUUCGAGGCCGCCGCGACAGAAGAGAAGUUGACGAGACAUGACGUCAUGGCGCAUCUUCACGUUUUCUGUAAUCAAUGUCCGAAAGCGGCGCCGAUCGUCCACCUGGGGGCGACAAGUUGUUACGUCGGUGACAACACGGACCUGAUAAUCCUGCGGGACGGCUUCGACAUCCUGCUGCCGAAAUUGGCAGGGGUCCUGUCACGUUUGGCAGACUUCGCCAUGAAGUACCGGUCCCUGCCGACCCUGGGAUACACCCAUCUCCAACCUGCCCAGCUGACCACGGUUGGAAAACGAGCUUCCCUCUGGUUGCACGACCUCCUGAUGGACGAGAGGGCGAUUCGGCGUGCCAGGAACGACCUGAAAUUCCGAGGAGUCAAGGGAACCACCGGCACCCAGGCCUCGUUCCUGCAGCUGUUCAACGACGACAAGGAGAAGGUGAAGCGCUUGGACGAGACGGUGACCAGGAUGGCGGGUUUCCAAUCCCACUAUUCGGUAACCGGACAAACCUACAGCAGGAAAGUCGACGUGGAGUGCAUGAACGUCCUCAGUUCCCUCGGGGCGAGCGUCCACAAGAUAUGCAGUGACAUCCGGAUCCUGGCGAACAUGAAGGAGAUCGAGGAGCCCUUCGAGAGCACGCAGAUCGGGUCCAGCGCGAUGCCCUAUAAGAGGAACCCCAUGAGAUCCGAGAGAUGCUGCGGCAUAGCUCGUCAUCUGAUGACCCUUGGGAACAAUGCCCUGCAGACAGCCGCCAACCAGUGGCUGGAAAGGACCCUGGACGACUCCUCGAACCGGCGCAUCACCCUGGCCGAGGCCUUCCUGUCGGCCGACGUGAUCCUGACGACCCUGCAGAACGUCACCGAGGGUCUGGUGGUAUAUCCUAAGGUCAUCGCCAGGCACAUCGACCAGGAACUGCCCUUCAUGGCCGCGGAGAACGUCAUCAUGGCCAUGGUCAAGGCAGGAGGUGACCGCCAGAUCUGCCACGAAAAGAUCAGGGUCCUCUCGCACGAGGCGGGGGCCCAGGUGAAGGAGCACGGCCUGGACAACGACCUGGUGGACAGGAUCAGGAAGGACCCAUAUUUCGCACCCAUUUUGCCCCGGUUGACCGAGAUCCUGGACCCGAAGACGUAUACCGGAAGAGCUGCCGAACAGGUCGCCGAAUUCCUCGAGGACGAGGUCCUUCCUGUCCUCGAGGUCUAUCCGAACCUUUUGAAAGGACCCGUCGAGCUGACCCUGUGAACAGGUGUCCUCGGAGGAGGGAUCCUUUCCUCCUUCCUACCAAAAUGAAACUUUGGACGGAACUCAUUUUUUCUUUUUACCUCCUAAUUCAAUAUACACGUGUACAUUGUUUCUUCACCGAGGAUCCGAGAGUACACCUCUCGUUGUUCAUACAUUUAUACGUGUCCUUUACAUAGUAACAUAUAAUCUUGUUUGCAAUUACGCAAGGGCAAGUCCCUCGACAAUUCGGGUAACUCGCACGGCGUAAGCCGUUUAAUCAUUUUUUUUUUUUUUUAAUUACAAUGCGACUGUGAUAGCGCGAGGUAA